AUGCUUCAUGUAGGUGAACCUCACAUCAUCUUCGAAUCGGGAAAUGCACUGAGCGAAAUCUUUUAUGAUGAUGUUAACAAGAAGAUUGUAACAGUUCGUGGCGAUGAUGUUGUGGAAGUGAAGGCCUAUGGAUUAGAAUCAGAUGAGAUCAUCUCAUUUCGAUUGAAGAACAAGGAUAAAAUUCGAGCUAUCAAAUUUUCUCCAAAUAAACAUUUGAUAUGUGUGCAAUAUGAUGAGUCUACUGUCGAUUUUGUAAACUUCAUAGAUCUUAGUAUUGACGUCUUAUCUACGUGUUUCUCACAACCAACGAAAAAUCGUUCAGCACAUAUUAUCGGCCUGGAAUGGAUCUUAAACAACCAGAUUCUCUAUAUUACAAACCAGGGAUUAGAGUUGUAUCAAGUGAAUGCAGAGAAGAAAUCAGUCAAGCUGUUAAAAUCAUAUAAUAUUUCGUUAUACUGGUAUUUAUACUAUCCUUAUUCGCAACUGCUUGUUGUGUCAUGUGGAGUUGCCGGUGCUUUAUUAAAUCCUUUUGUUAUUCAGAAUGGAAGUAUACAUCGAUUGAUGAAGUUCGAGGUUGAGUUUGGUCGUUCAAAUACAAAACCGCGGUUGUCGGAACGGGAAGUAUUUGUUAUAUCUAUUUAUAAUGCAUUAUACAUAGCAGUGUUGCGCAGUGGCACUCGUGAUUCCACCAAUUCCGAUAUCGCUUUGUAUAAAAUGAGUAUGGAUAGAACGGAGGUGCCAAAGCUUGCUCACAUUUUGCAUUUGGAUAUGGUCGGUGCCUUUGCCUUGCACGGAUUUAAUAACUUGGUUGUUGUGCACCAUCAAAGUUCAAAAACGUCAUUAAUUUUCGAUAUUGGUUUGGAAGAAGUUUCAAGAGGUGGUUGCAUUUUGUAUCCUCUCUAUAAAACUUCUUUAAACUGUUCGGAUUCGUUGCAGGCCAAAUUUAGUCAUGAAUUCAAAUUAUACAGUCCUUUUUGGGUGAUGUUUCAGCCAAACUUUAUUACGGAUGCAAGCGUUGGUGUUUUCACAUCAGUGUCAUUAGAUCCAAUUGAAGCUAAAAAUUAUAUUGAGAACGAAUAUCACUACUUACGUUUUCUGUAUAAUAGAUGUAUUCCAAAGUCGGUAUUUUUGGAAAUUUUGAAACAUUGCGUAUUUACUAAUAAGCUGAAACUGAAACAACUGGAAUAUAUUUUUAAUUGGUUCGCAAAAGCGAUUGCUAAACGUUGUCUGCCAAUUUUGAGACUUAGCGAUAGUGGUGUAAAAUAUACUUUGAUGGCCGAACAGUACGAAGAAAUUACUGUUGAACAGGAGGAUGUUGUGGGUAAUUUAUUUCUGCUGCCGGAUGAUUAUACAUUUGAUCAGAAACAGCGUUUUCUGCAAUAUAUGUUGCGCUACCUUACAGCUUUGCGAGAAAACAAAUUAGAAGUGCAGCCCUACUUUCUAAAUGAAAUAUUGGUACCCACUAUGAUUACAAUGGGGAAGUUGGAAAGACUUCAUCAGCUUCUUCUAUACCGCAUUAUUCCAGAUUCUAAACAACUUGCAUUUCAACUUCUUUCUCACGAAGCAAAAUAUUCUCCAUUGCUUCAGCUCGCUCUGGAUAUGCUGUUUAGACUUGGCACUGCUACUGAAGAAAUUGUUGAGAUUUUAAUAGCUAGAAGUCUGGUUAUAGAAGCUAUCAGAUUCUUGGAGAGUUUACAAGCAACAGAUAAGGUGAAUGGUUUGAAGCUUAUUGAAAGUGCAUGGAAGGAAAAUCGUUUGAUUCGUUACGCUGUCUUUUCGUACUUUCUUGAACGUGGUUCGAAAACUAGAAAUUGCACUAUGAACUCUGGACAAUUCGAAGAAUUUUCGAAAAAAUUUGAAACUUUAUUUGAAGAUGAAGAGAUUGAAGCUGCUAGAAGAGAUUUUCACUUCAUGAAUACUUCCUGA